GUUAACUGAACACAGAGAAUUAUUAAUAGAAGAUGCAGAAGGAUCAUUCGGACACACCAAAAUCAAGACGAACUACACGUGUUCGCAAUGCUUCUACGCCAGAAUUAGUAAAACGGAACUUAGCAGAUAGUACAUUAAAUAUUCAUGCAAGCAGUUCUCACCACAGACAAACAAUGGCAGCAUCUGACUUUACUUUACCACAAAGUUUCACGAAGAACAGAAAUACAAAGAAUCAUAUACCAAUGCUUUCUACACAAACAUCAUUGGAUGGAAUACUUGACUCAGAUUCAGAUGAUAUAGAGCUAAAACUUCUUUAUGAUGAAUAUUUGCAAAACAUUAUGACAGAAAUAAUCUUGAAAAAGAAGGCAGAGGAGAAAGAAAAAUUAUGUAUAUCUCAAUUGGCAACCAUAGCUAAGGAAUCUAAGAUACAAAAUGAGAUUGAUUCACAAAUUAUAGAUGUAAAUAAUUGUACUAAAGGUGAAGAUUUUAAAACAUUGGAAAAUAUUCUAUCCCAGUUACAUAGUCUUUUACGACCUCUAGAUGUACUUCAUUGCAAUAAUAUAAUUCUUCCUGAUACACCUGAAGAAUGGAAAGAAACAAGCAAACUCUUAAAAUCAUGUUCAGAGACAUUAAAGUCUAUUAUGGAUUCGAUUGGAACAAAAAAGGAAUCAUAUAAAACUGUUAAUAAUGGUAUUAACGAGUUUGUCAGUACUGCUAAUGAUAUUGAAGAUCACCAAAAAAGGCUAGAAAAGGAACUUCGCAAUUUACAAAUUCUUGUGUUAAAAACAGCAUCCUUGUCUCUAAUGCAAAGUCAUAAUUGA